ACUUCCGGUAAAGUUGGCGCUUGCGCAGAAGAGACUCCCGGGCUCUUCGGGUAUCAGUUUUUCUUCCCGGAGCAAGGACCCCCAAGACGGAAGAGGAUGGCCGCGGCGGCUCUGAGGAGAUUUUGGUCCCGGCGCCGCGCAGAGGCAGGCGACGCGGUAGUGGAGAAGCCGGGAGUGUGGGCGCGGCUGGGGUCCUGGGCCCGCGCGCUGCUCCGGGACUACGCCGAGGCCUGCAGGGAUGCGGCGGCAGAGGCUAGUGCCCGGCCGGGGCGCGCGGCCGUGUAUGUGGGUCUGCUGGGCGGCGCGGCGGCCUGCUUCACGCUGGCGCCGAGCGAGGGUGCCUUCGAGGAGGCGCUGCUGGAGGCGUCGGGGACCCUCCUGCUGCUGGCGCCGGCCACCCGCAACCGCGAGUCCGAAGCCUUCGUGCAGCGGCUGCUCUGGCUGAGGGGCCGUGGCCGCCUGCGCCACGUCAACCUGGGACUCUGCUCGCUGGUGUACGAGGCACCCUUCGACGCCCAGGCAAGCCUCUACCAGGCGCGUUGCCGCUACCUGCAGCCCCGCUGGACCGAUUUCCCCGGCCGGGUCCUGGACGUGGGCUUCGUGGGUCGCUGGUGGGUGCUGGGGGCCCGGAUGCGCGACUGCGACAUCAACGACGACGAAUUCCUGCACCUGCCGGCUCAUUUGCGGGUGGUCGGGCCCCAGCAGCUGCAUUCCGAGACCAACGAGCGCCUCUUCGAUGAGAAGUACAGGCCUGUCGUGCUCACCGACGAUCAGGUGGACCAGGCGCUGUGGGAGGAGCAGGUCUUGCAGAAGGAGAAGAAGGACAGGCUCGCCCUGAGCCAGGCCCACUCGCUGGUGCAGGCGGAGGCCCCGAGAUGAAACCCUGAGGCCCCCGAGUCCUGGCAAACUGCUUGCCUGGGGUGGUGUAGUUCUGAGUGUGCCUCACCUGCAGAACAACUGAGACAGAAGAUGUGCAAAGUGUUUUCUCACUGGAUUUGCACAAGUUUGGGGAACAUUUCUGCCCCCCCGUCUUUGUUCUUUAUUAGCUGAAGCUAAUUGAGAGCCACCUGGGUCCAGGAGUUUGGGGACAGCAGAAAGACUUGACACAUGUUCAUCACUGGCAGAGCUGGUCAUGAGCCUUUUAUAUAAGCCUUUUUCAUUGGGCCUCAGAGGCCCUCCUUAAGGAGGUACCACAUUGGUCAGGUGGCUUGCAAACUCUUCUAAGACCACUUAGAUUUUCUUUUUCAAGUUUGGGUUGUGACGUGGCAUGGUGAUGUCUGUAAUCCCAGCAUUUUGCAAACUGAGGCAAGAGGAUCGCUUGAGGCCAGGAGUUUGAGACCAGCUCGAGUGACAUAGCAAGACAACGAUGCUACAAAAAGAAUAAUAAUAGUAAUUAACUGAAUAAAAUUUUAGCUGAAAUGUUUUUAUUCUA